AUGACAGAAAAAACAAAUAAAUUCGUUUUUUUUUUUAAUUUUCUUACAUUUAUCCUUUUAAUAUGCAUAUGGAAUAAUCCUAUUGAAUACAAUUCCUUUUGCAAAUCUAUUAAUAAUGAAAGAAACCCAAAGAUCUCAUUAAACACACGAGCUAACAGAUUGCUGAAAACAAAUACAGAAGAAUAUAUUCAGCAGAAUUAUGCAUCUCCAAGAGAUAACAUAAGUAAAUUAGAAGAUACAUAUGAUGGCGAUUUUGAAAAACAAUUAAUAUCAUUGUUAGGUGAUCACCAAUAUAGCAGUGUAUUUAGUUCAUUAAUGAUAAAUGAUGAUGUACAACUUAAUUUAAAUGCGUCAGAAUCUAAUGAAAGUUGCAAAAGUAUUCCUAAUUCAUUAAAAUAUCAAAAUGAUUAUGGUAGCAAUACCGAAGAUGAUAUUAAUGAUGAUGAUAAAUAUUUGAAUAUCCAAAAUGAAAAGAUGUCUUAUGAUGGUGAUGACGUCUUUAGCGACUAUCAUUCAGAAAAUAAUUACAAAGAUGAUUAUGACAAUGAAAGUACGUCUGAUACAUUAACAAAUUCAAACUCAUACGUAAAUAGUUACCAUCCAUCAAAGUAUGAUGACAAGAGUGAUAUAGAAUUAUAUAAAUCAAAAGAACCUUUUGGAAAGUUAAAGUAUAAACGUAAAAGAAGUGUAUUACUUUCUCCAAUUGCUAAAUUUGUAAAAAGUCGAAAAGCUUGGUAUGAAAGGGUACUACUGAAGUUCACUAUAUCUGUUUUUAAUCCUGAUUCAUCUUCGAAUGAAAUUUCACGAGAUAUGAAAUUGUAUUUUGCAUUUCUUUCUCCAGUUCUGGUAUGCGGUAUAUUUUUACUUGGAUUUUUGCUACAAGAAAAUUUGAUGGGUAUUGGAAUAUCAUCCAUAAUGUAUAUUAUUUCAUUGAUUUUUAUUUUCUUUAAAGCCAUAACAAUCAGCAAAAAGUAUAAAAAUUACGGAAUAAGGAGUAUGAAAAAAUAA